CUCAGAAGCCCUCAGUGACACUCUUAGACACACACAGGCAAGGGUUCGAGGGUCUCUCUGUGUUCCAGACUGUGUUCUACACUGAAUCAAACCUUAAGUGCUGUGAAACCUUGAGGGUCUUGGCCUGAUUUUGCUACUUUGCUGUAUUUGCUUGAAAGCUUUUUUGCUUCAAAGCUGCUUUUUUUGUUUUUGAGUCAUAUCUCCCAGAGAUCAUCUGCGAUGGAUUCAGACACCGGCUCCACCUGCAGUCGCUCUUCGUCCCCGGACCUGGCCGUGGACUCCUCUGUUGGCAGCUUCUUUUCCGAGAAGAUGUUCCAGGCCUAUUGCGGAGAAGAAGCCGGGCCUAUCCGGUCUGGACGUUCCAAAGCAGAAGGACUCCACUUGAAGGCAGCAUCAAGCAAGAACCGGGACCGCUCUGAGCUCGCCAAAGACGACGUGCAAGAGCUGCGCCUCAAGGUGAACAGCCGUGAGCGCAAACGCAUGCACGACUUGAACCAAGCCAUGGACGGUCUCCGAGAGGUGAUGCCCUACGCCCAGGGCCCUUCCGUGCGCAAGCUGUCCAAAAUCUCCACCCUCCUCUUGGCUCGAAACUACAUCCUCAUGCUGUCCAGCUCACUGGAGGAGAUGAAGAAGCUUGUUGGUGAUGUCUACGGUGCGUCCCAGAGCCACUCAGCCAGGCCGGUGGUCCCUCAGCUUCCCCAGAUGCCUCUGCACCCACUGGCCCAAUCCCUGCACUCUCUGGUGGGGAGCGCUACGGCUGGUGUUCCCUCAGCAGCUCAGGCUCCUCAUUCCCCUCCUCAUCCAGGAUAUCUGGGCUUCCAUGCACCUCCACCACUGCCCAGUCUUCUGAAGGAACCACUGCAUUUGACCAGCUCUUAUCGCCACUUUCCCGGUAUGCCGUGUCCUUGCUCCCUCUGCCAGCCUCUAACAGCAUCCACAGCAGCCAGCCUACACAGCUUGUCCAUGGGCAAGUGAGCCUUGAAAGGCCAGGGACAUGGAGAUGAGGCCCAGAUACUAUAUGAUGGACUUUAUAGAAGGAAUGGAAGGAAAGUAAAAAAAGGAAAGAUCUCAGCACCAAGGCCUUCUGGCCUUCUUUGGUGUGCACCAGGGGUGCCCAUUAGGGCCAAUGCAGUUUAUGUCUGUGAUGUCUGUACCUACAUGCACAUGUAUACUGAAGCAGUACUGUAACUGGGCAAUGGUGACGUUGAAUCAGUUGAAUCAAUAAUGUGUUUGUAUAGGGAGUUGACUGUGAAAACUGUGCAAGACCUAAGA